UAACUCUAGAAGCCUCAGAUCAGUCUGCAAGUAGUAAGGGUGGUGUGAGGUAGUGCAGUGCUCAGCUCUCUCUGGUGUUUCAGUGGUACCGUAUCUUGUUAAUCGCAGACAUGGUCAUCAAAGUCUACGUCUCCACCAUCUCCUUCAGUCAGGAGGUUAAAAAAAACCAACAGCGAGCUGUUAUGAUCCUGGAGAGCAAGAACAUACCUUUCAUCACCAUCGACAUCACCGACCCAGGCCAGGAAGACGCCAAAGAUUACAUGAAUGAAAAUGCUAAGCCAAAAGGAAACAACAGGGUCCCCAUGACACCACAAAUUUUCAACGAGGCCGACUAUUGUGGAGACUUUGAUGACUUGGAUAUGGCAAAUGAAACUGAUUCACUUGGAGAGUUCUUAAAACUGACAGAGGAAGAGAAAAAGGGUAUCAAGAUUGGCAUUACUGGUAUCCUCCCUGAAGACAGAGCGAAGGCAAAGAAACAGAGUGAGACACCACAGUUGACCAAUGGCGUUUCUGCCAGUCGAGAGAAUGAAGACGAGGCUCAUGUUGAAGCCACAACUGACGCAACAGACGUAUCGGCAGAAGUCACAGACGAAGGACUGACAGAUGCUGUAGAAGACAAAAUAGACACAGAAGCACAAGAUGGGGAGAUAGAAACAAUGGUAGAAGAGGGUGAGGAAGUGGUAGAUGAAGAGAUAGGAGGAGCAGGAGAGAGACAAGCCAAUGAGGGUGAGGAUGCUGGAGUACCAGUAAAAGAGGAGGAAGCAGAAGGACCUGGAGGAGUUUGGGAUGAUGAUGCAGUAGCAGACAUUAAUGAAGCUGACACUGAAGGUGGGAAAGAAAACCUGACCAAAGUACAAACGGAAGAAGUCGAAGCUGAAGCAUAAGAUGUAAAUUGGAUACGGGAUCCUUGAAGAAACCAAACACUUUCGAGAACCAGUGAUCACGUGAAGAUUCUGCAAGGGGGUUCAUGGCAAUCCAGUGGUACUGUAUUUAGAAGCUUGGAAGAAGUUCAGCCAGUGAGACGACCUGAUUGCAUUGUAAUGCCCAACUUUCUAAAUACAUAUAUAUAUAUAUGUGAACUUUCAGUUACAUUAUAUGGUGGUUAGUUUCACUACUUAAAUUAAAUACUGUACUAAAUAGCUGGUGGCUUGGGUUAGGUUACUACUUAAAUCAGUCUGGAACUCCCAAGUUAGCCUCACUCAAGAGGAUUGUCAGAUACCACUGUCUAUAAUUGCUCACAACCUAUUCAUUUAACAAUGAGGCUGAUUCCCACUUCAUGUGCUGAAAAAAAGAACUUCUCCAUUAGUUUACAUUCACCAGCCUAUUUCACCUUGUUCCUAAUUAGCUUCAUUGUUAUUUCCCCCAAUGCUUCAGCACCUUCAUCUCUGAAGCAGCGCACAAUAUUAUCGGUUAUGUAUCAUCUAUUCAGGACACUUAAUUUUUGUUUGCGUUUCAAUUCUUUAUUUCAUUGAUGCAAUAUCAGCAAGAAAAAAAGAAAAAUGUAAAUUGUACAUGUCACAAAUUAGAGUAUAACUACUCAUUUCUACUAGAAAGAUGUAUUUCAUGAGUUUUGCUCUCUGUGCAUCAGUAUUAGUAUCACACUUAGCUUUAGUUCCUCACAAAUUGCAUCAACUUAUUAAUAUAACUUAACUGUACAGUAUUAAAAAGAAUAAAUUCUGCAAAAAAAAAAAAAAAAAGCCAUACUGCAUAUCAUGUAUUGUAAUUUAAGUGAUACCACUAUUCCUUGGGGUAAAUGUUAGCAACAAAGAAAUUUUCCAAUAUGUAUUAAACUGUGUAAUGCUCUGACACGACAGUAUACCUUAUAACAUGCACGUAAAACACUCCUUAAGUAUGUAAUAAAAGGUGUUUUAUGAAGUGUAAUAUACUGGAGUAUAUAUAUAUAAAUCCUGUGUGGUGUGACAGUCAUGUAAAGAGCAAUAACUGGUGACCUUCAAUUGCCUCAUGUUUAAUCUUUAUCAUAUGGUCAUUUACUCAUUAGCAAAUAUCAUACAAGUAAUUGUUAUUCACAUUACUGAAGGAAGUGUGUAACAAAUAAUGCUCCUCUUUUUUGUUUCGUAAGCUGGAGAAUAUUUCUCACUUUUGGUGCGCAAGAAACUGGUUGAAGUUCAUUCUUCGAUAUAUGGUUACUUGUUAUCAUUGUUUCUUCCUUUUUUCAGUUCUCUUUGCUCCCAUACCCAGUGGUCUGAUUGGACAAAUCAAACAAUUGGACAUUGGACUCUUAUUGGACAAAGUAUCACAUUUUUGUUUUCAAUUGACUUAUGGGAGGGAAGAUAAUAAUUUUUGAAUGCAAGUGACUCGAAUGUUGUUCUGUCCAAACUGAAGUGAUCCCUAAGCUUUUGUAAAGAGAAAAGAAAAAGUUUAGGAAUCUUGCAAACUGAGAAAAUGGAUGUACCUGUUUUACUUUAUAAAUAAAGCUGAAAAUUUU